AUGCUGCCUUUCAGGCUGCCGCAGGGUGCUCCAGGAGUCGCCAGCCUUGGCCCGACGAGUGCUCGAGCUGCAGCAAGCGCUGGAUCAGAGCAGCCGCGAUCAAGCCAGGAUGCUCCAAUUUGCUUGCUUGAAGCAAUCGGGGUCGGGCACUGGCUGGCGCAGGUACCAUGCCUGGAACAUGGCCCUGUGCCAGGAAGCCACGAGCCGCAUUCUAAAGCUAACGAAACACCAGAUGAAAAAAAUGAACAAGCAAAUUUCAGAAGGCUACUCCAGCCGGAGCGCUCUCUAAAGGAGACCCAAAGACAAAAAAGCAGCCGGCCCGCUUUGCAACACGCAGACGCCCUGCUGGCCUGGCUGCAUCAAAAUGUUGCGGAGGACCUCGCAGAGGGCGUCCGCGUCGACGGCGAAUGCGAAGCGGCCAAAAAGAAACGCAUCGCUGCCGAUCCUCUGCCGAAGCUGGCUAGCAUCCCUUUCCUUGACCGCCUUGAAGAGGAGGAGCAAGGGGUCCGGUGGAUGCCGCCAGGGACCACGCUGGCUGAAAUGCACGAUCUAUCGAUGUCAUUCCUGCCAGACACGCGAGUGUCGUAUUCGACCUUUAUCGGAUGCUAUCACCUGCGGUGGGCCAAGCGCCUAAAGAUCCGCAACGAAGGCCAGCACAGCAAGUGCUCCCUUUGCGAGCGAUUUAAGGCGUAUCGCAAGCAGUGCAGUGCGCCGGCUGACUCCAAAAAAGUUUCCGAGGAGUACGCAAGCCACUUGGAAGCUGUCAUGCAAGACAGGGCCGCGGACCAGCGCCUGUGCGCAGCCGCUCAGUUGGCUGCGGGGUCCUUGACAGGAGUUCCCAGCAGCGAAAAUUCGCUGCUAUCCAUCACAAUCGACGCGAUGGACGCAGCGAAAUUUCGCUGCCCGCGCAACAUAGGCGCCUCUAAAGAGUUUCAAAACCUUUGGCGACCCGAACUGAGUCUGAUCGGUGCAAUCACAGAAGGCCUGCGCGAGUGCUACUACUUGUGCGAUCCCGACCUGUCAAAGAACGCCGACCUUCACAUCACAAUCAUCGGCCAUUCUUUGCAGCUUGCGAAAGAGAGCUUUCAGGCGCGGGGAAAGCCAUUUCCCCGCCACCUGCGGCUCCACACCGACAACGCGGCGUCCGAAGGAAAAAAUCAGACAGUUUUUUUCCUCGCAGCUUGGCUGGUGAAGCGCAAAUUGUUCGACAGCGUGCUCCUAACUCAGUUUCGAGUCGGACACACGCACAGCAAAAUCGACCAACGAUUUUCUGAAUUGAGGUCGGCGCUGUCGCAGUCCACCGUGCUGGAGGACCCGUCAGCUUUUGCAGAGGCAAUCCGCUCCGGGGUGAAGCCCAGAGAGUCCCGCGAGCUCGCCGUCCACCACCUGCACGCAGCCCCAGACUUCAAAAGCUUCUUUCAACAUUUGGAGCUCAGAGUGUCCGGGCACGCGCAGACUAAAUUUCAAAAGCAGCGGAACGAGGAAGCGAUUCAUGCUUUUGGAUUCGCGCUCCGCGGUAGCACCAGUGGCGGGCCAACUCUGCCAUCAGCCGAUCCUGACGCAGAGGAUGUGAUACUGACUUGUCAGCAGUACCUGAGCAGCCACGAGCCUUGCCAAGAGCCCGCUGUGUUUGCUCGGGCCACCGACUUUGAAAAGCUGCCGCCUAAUGGCCCCUCGCAGCUGUCUGCACGGCUUUCGCUUUCGCAGCGCCAGCACCGGGAGUUCCAAAAAACUGCAGAGGCGAUUUCGCGGGAGCCCUGGUCAAUGCACGCAGGGUGCGCGUUUUUGCUGCAGUUUCUCGAAGAGAACGCGAACAACACCUCCGAGCAGUGGGUCCCUCUGCCCACGCAGUGGAUGUUGCAAGGGACUCGCGCGGAGGUUGACGCUACCCGCGACGAACCGGUAGGACGGGCGCUGGCAGAAAAUGCAUUUUCUUGGAACCACGCCAAGUCCAAGUUGCAAGGCCACCGCAAAAAUUGCGGCGCCUGCAAGUCAAGCAGCCAGCGCUGCUGCGACAACCGACAAUCGGAGACGAGAGCACUGCCGCGGCCAGAGGCGCUAGCAGUUCUGAGGCAGCAGCUGUUCCAGAGCAGGGCCAGGGCAGAGCACGGCAGGGAUACCAUGGGUGCCCCGGCAGCCUUAUACGGCAGAGGCGGCGCUCCGCCGAGAGUGGCAGCGCCCGGCUCAGACCCUUCGCCACGGCCAGCGGCCAAGCCGGCGGCAAAAGCCGAGGCCGGAGCAAAGGCAAAGGGCAAGGCGAAGGCCAAGGCCGCCAGUAAGGCAGCUGCAGCCAAGCCAUCUGCCAAGGCCCGGGCCCAGGCUCUAGGCUCGGAAGCGCCCGCUGCCAGGCCACCCCGCAGACACCUGGGGCGCCUGCCAAUGCCCGCUGGCGCUGCUGCGCUUCUCGGCUGCACCCGGUGUCGUUACAGCCACCGGUCGGCCAUCGAGAUCGAAGACGAGGACGCAGGGCAGCACAUCUUCAUGGAAUUCUUCUCGCCACCGCGGGCACACGCAGUCAUCGAAGGCUCCGAGGGCGGCCUCAGCAAGUGGUGCCAAGUCUACACGCCAGAGUUUGUCGAUUUGCUGCAGAAGGGCCAGCAUGCAGCCUCUCGGGACGCCUGCCCAGAGCGCUGGGUGAUAGCACGUCGCCGACUCCAAGGAGCGCCGGUCCUAGGGCAGAUUUUGCAAAGCCAGCUGGCCUUGCAGCCCGAAAAUUUUCGAGAAGAGACACUGCGCAUCACGGACGCCAUCUUGGACGCGUUCGGGGGCCCUGUGCAAUACUUAACCGCGAUGCUGGGGGCGGAUCCCAGCUCCAAAUGGGGGGAGUUUGUUGACGAGCUGAAAGCCAACUUCCCCCCAAGGCCAGAUCUGACAUACUUAUCUGGCACCAGCCUGUCUCAGUCACCGAUGACCCUCUCUCUCUGGCAGUUGGGCUGGGGACUGAGCUGCACUUCCAAGCCGGCUACGUUCAAGAUCACCGCGCGCCGGCUGGUAGACGAAUACUUGUGCAACUCCUUCCUGACCGAGGCCGAGCCUUUGCUUCUGUAUCAAGGCCCGGAAUCAGGAGCAGCGAUUGACGACAACGACCAGCCUGUGUUUUUCACGCACUAUGUGAAAGGAGCUGCGCGUGCUACAAGCGUCUUGUUUCUUGCGCACGUAUUGGUUCACCACCUAAAGGCCGACGUGGCAUCUCUGAGUCCCCAGCUGCAUCAAAGCAUGACCGUGAUCUCGGCAACUCGGUCAGUGGCGGCCACGGACGCUGCUUCCAUCGCCAUUGAAAAUGCAAAGCUCAGCGCCCGAGGCGAUAUUCGAAAGGGUCAUGACACCAUCACCUGGCUCAGCAAACUCAGCCUGCUUAAGCAGAAGGGACUUUCGCCUACCGAAGUCAUCCGAAGUCCUUCGGCGCUGGAACGAAGGCAAAAGCGCACGGCCAUCCUGCAGCUUUUGGAGCUGCCGCAGGAAUCCGUGCUACUUUUGCUCGAGCACAGCUCCAACUUUGGGGAGGACACAGCUUUCGCGCACGACGCCUUUGCGAACAAACGUCUGUCACCUGGGUUCUCCCCCCGCGGCAUCGCAAAGCCUUGGCAGAAGCGCCUCACAGUCACAGUGGACGGGUUCAACUUGUUCAUCCAGCACGUGCACGGGACGCAAAUGCGCAAAACCAGGCCGAUGCGCAAAAAAUGGGAGCCCUGGAAGAGGCCAUGA